AUGACAACUUCUCAUAGUACAUUCAUUUACAUUCUUCUACUUCUUUUUUCACUUCCAUUAAGAAUAAUCACAUCAUCAGCAAGAACUGAAGCUGAAGCCCUUAUCAAAUGGAAGAGUACUAACUUAUCUUCUACUUCCUUAUUGGAUUCAUGGUCCAUUUCCAAUCUCGAAAACUUGUGUAAUUGGACAUUCAUUGCCUGCAAUGCUGAUGGAACAAUUUCAGAGAUCAAUCUUUCAAAUGCAACACUCUCAGGCUCUCUUGAUCACCUUAACUUCACUUCAUUUCCGCGUCUCACGAGUUUCAUUCUCAAUGGCAACAACUUUAGUGGAUCGAUACCAUCAAAUAUUGGCAAUGCCUCUAGUCUUGAAGUUGUUGUACUUUUCAACAAUUCAUUUCAAGGGAAGAUUCCAUCUUCAAUAGGCAAACUUAGAAAUCUUCAAACACUUGAUCUUCGAAAGAAUCGUUUAAACUCAACCAUUCCUUCUGAGUUAGGCCUUUGUACAAACCUCACUCAUUUGGCUCUAGCAGAGAAUUCUCUGCAAGGAACAUUGCCUAUAUCUUUGUCCUCUUUGAUCAAGUUAUCUCAGUUGGCGUUGUCCGAUAAUUUUCUUUCUGGUGAGGUCUCAUCAGAUCUCAUUACCAAUUGGACUGAGUUGAUAGCUUUGCAGCUUCAAAACAAUUACCUUACUGGUUCCAUUCCUUAUCAGAUUGGAAACUUGCAAAACUUGUUGUAUCUAGAUUUAUCAAGAAACAACUUGAGGGGAGCAAUUCCACAAUGUUUGGAUCAUAUGACUAAACUCCAGGUAUUAAUGAUUUCAUAUAAUAAUCUCAGUGGGGAUAUUCCUUCAUCUAUUUGCAAUUUAACAUCAUUACGAACUUUAGAUUUGGGGGAAAACAAUUUUAAGGGAGAAAUUCUGCAAUGUUUUGGCAACAUGAGUGACCAUCUUGAGGUUUUGGAUAUGCACCACAACAAGUUUGUUGGGGAUCUUCCAACUACUUUUGGGAUUGGAUGUUCACUUAGAAGCAUCAACUUUCAUGGCAAUGAACUCGAGGGCGGAAUUCCUCGAUUUUUGGCCAAUUGUCAAAGGUUGCAAGUCGUUGAUUUAGGAGAUAAUCACUUCAACGACAUAUUCCCAGUGUGGUUGGGAAAUCUGUCAGAGCUGAAAGUUUUAAGCUUGAGAUCAAACAAAUUUCAUGGACUCAUUAGAACGUCAAGGAUUGAGAACAUGUUUCCCGAGCUUCGAAUCAUAGAUCUAUCUUAUAAUGCCUUCUCGGGAAACUUACCUACGAGUAUGUUUCAACAACUAAAAGCCAUGAUGAGAGUUGAUCAAACAAUGAAGGCACCAAUAUAUCUUGGAGUGUACAGUUAUUGCCAUGAUUCUAUGACAGUUGCAACCAAGGGACGAGAGCUUGAACUUGUUAGAAUUUUGACAACUUACACCACCAUUGAUCUUUCAAGUAACAGAUUUGUAGGGAAUAUUCCAAGUAUUAUGGGAGAACUCAUUGCACUUCGGGUGUUGAAUUUGUCUCAUAAUCGAUUGCAAGAUCAUAUACCACCAUCACUUGGAAAUUUAUCUGUACUUGAAUCAUUGGACCUUUCGUUUAACCAUUUUUCAGGAGAGAUACCACAACAACUUGCUUCUCUUACGUCUCUUGAAUUCUUAAAUCUCUCCUAUAAUUAUCUCCAAGGAUGCAUCCCUCAAGGACCACAAUUCUCUACAUUCCAGAACAACUCAUAUGAAGGUAAUGUUGGAUUACAUGGAUUCCCAAUUUCAGAUGGUUGUGGCAAUGAUCGUGUAUCUGAAACAAAUUACACCGUAUCUUCUCUAGAAGAUCAAGAAAGCAACUCUGAAUUUCUCAAUGACUUUUGGAAAGCUGCUCUGAUGGGCUAUGGCAGUGGACUAUGUAUCGGAAUGUCCAUUAUAUAUUUCAUGAUCUCCACGGGAAAUCCAAGAUGGCUAGCAAGAAUCAUCGAACAACUGGAACACAAAUUCAUCAUGCGAAUGAGAAAGAAGCAACGAAGUCAAAGGAAUUACAGAAGAAGAAAUAAUCGUUUCUAGACAAGUUAUAAGUUUUGCUAUUCAAUCAAGCUCAACAUUGAUCUUUAGUUUAUUGUAAUUUGUAAC